CUAGUCCUCGAAGUCUGGCCGCGCCAGCGUGCGGCUGUCUCGUCUCGUCGUCUGCUCUCCUCCACUCCUCGGAGCGCACGGCCAUGGCUGCUCCGGCGCCCACGGCUCUCUGCGCCCGCCACUUCCGCCUGCCGCGCGCGUCCUCCUCCUCCUCCUCCCCCUCCCCCUCUCCGCCCCGCCUGCCGGCCACCGCCUCCGCCUGCUCGUCCUCGCGGCUCCGGCCCCGCCGCCUCGCCGUCUCCCCGCGCGCGGAGGCGGGGACGGGGGACGUGGAGGCGCUCAGGGCCGGGGUGUCCGUGUACAAGCCGCGCUCCUACGACGUGCUCGUCACCGACGCCGCGCGCUCCCUCGCCUGCGCCAUCGACGACGGCAAGACACGCCUCGAGAUCGAGUUCCCGCCUCUGCCAAGCAGCAUCUCUUCUUACAAGGGCUCCUCAGAUGAGUUCAUCGAUGCCAACAUCCAGCUUGCUCUUGUUGUUGCGAGGAAGCUUAAAGAGCUCAAGGGGACUAGGUCCUGUAUAGUGUUUCCUGAUCAACCUGAAAAGCGCAGGGCGUCACAGCUCUUCAGAACAGCUAUUGACACGAUUGAGGGUAUUACUGUCAGUUCCCUGGAUGAUGUGCCCGCAGACGCUGUCAACAGCUUCUUCAAAUCGAUAAGAAAUACCCUGGAUUUUGACUUCUCAGAUGACAAUGAAGAUCGAUGGAAAUCUGAUGAACCACCAUCAUUAUAUAUCUUCAUCAACAGCAGCACACGUGACCUUGCUUCUAUAGAGAAGUAUGUGGAGAAGUUUGCCACAUCCGUUCCAGCCCUUCUAUUUAAUCUUGAAUUAGAUACCUUGCGAUCUGACUUGGGGCUUCUGGGAUUCCCUCCAAAAGAUUUGCAUUACCGGUUUCUUUCUCAGUUCACCCCAGUAUUUUAUAUCAGACAGCGUGACUACUCCAAGACAAUUGCAGUUGCUCCAUACAUAGUGAAUUACAGUGGCGCUGUAUUCCGCCAAUACCCAGGCCCUUGGCAGGUUAUGCUGAAGCAGGCUGAUGGUUCAUAUGCUUGCGUUGCAGAGAGUGAAGCUCGGUUCACUUUGGGACAGGCCAAAGAAGAACUGUUGAGAGUUAUUGGUUUACAAGAAGAAGAAGGAAGCUCACUUGAAUUUCUCAGAAGAGGAUACAAGAAUGCUACAUGGUGGGAAGAGAACGUUGAUCAGGAGACGUCGGCCGCAUGGCGAACUUGAGAUGCUGAUCUGAUCAGAUGGUGUAACUGAAAUUACAGAAAGAAGGCAUGUACAGUGUGGCAUUGCUUAUGCUGCAACUGCGUGUGCAGUACAGGCAUGCGAGGUUUUCCCUUUUUGGUGAUUGUAUCAUGGUUGAGUUUGGAGGGGACUGUAAACGUGAUGUAAAAUCUUCUGACUCGUGUUUCGGGUGCCAUGAAUAUAUUUCUACAGUAGAAAUUCUACCUGAACAAGUUUGUUGAUGCA